CAGAAGAUCAACGAAUACAAGCUGUAUCCGUAAAACAAUCCUGCAGAACUAAUAUUACGAAUAGUCCUGGUAUAAAUUUCUUACUGUCAGCAACUGAAGAGGACGCGUUAGACAACAAGGAGGAGAAUGUUAACGAUCCCUCAUCCGAUAUGCUUUCAUAUUGUAAACAGAUAUGUGAUCAGAUUCAACAUCUCAAAUGUUAUAAUGCUAUUUUAUCAUUAGAAGAUAGAGAUAUUUUAGUAAACAAACUAUCAGAUUCGGCCAAUAGACUAUUUCAUGCUUUGCAAACAGUGGAUAUCAGACAUAGAACAAAUAAAAUUGAGCUGAAUAAUAAUAAACAAGAGUACGAAACUGAAGAUGAAUGCGAGCAUCCUUCCGGAAGUAGCAGUGUAUCUACCAAUAAGGAGCAUGCUGAAUAUGAACUUAUCAGACAGGCAAGAAAUCUACAAAACACACAGUCAACACCAAAAUAUAGAAAAAGAAAUAGACGCAAUAUGGUCGGUCAAAAAUGUCAUUCAUGUAAUACAACGGAAACACCUGAAUGGCGUCGAGGGCCUGAUGGCGCUAGAACAUUAUGCAAUGCUUGUGGUUUACACUAUUCAAAGUUAUUGAAAAAGGGAUCUAUUGGCGUGCAAACGCAUAACUAUCUAAGGAGUUAUAACUCUCCAAACCUGCAACCCAUUCCUGCAUCGGCGUCAAAUAGUGGUACUCUUUCGCUACAAAAUCAAAAUAAUAUUCAUCAACAACAACAGGUUUUCAAAACUAGACCCGAUGAUACAAACAUACAACCAAAAUUGAAUUUUCCCUUCGUUUUAAUAAAUCCUAAAUAUGGUGUUGACAAGUUACCUGAACAUGACCAGCCUCUACUGUUCAACAGUUUCCAGCAGCAGCAGCAGCAGCAGCAUCAAUAUUCGCCCUUGAACAAUCAACCUCGGACUCAUGGUCCUAGUCAGUAUUCACCAGCAUCAGAUCACACAUCAUAUACCCCUCAAUUACCUCCAGUAUCACCAGCAGCUUUAUCUCAAGCAAUUUCAAGAACUACUGAAAAUCAUGAUUCUACCUCUUUUACUGAAUCGCGGCACCCUGUAAAUAAUAAUAACAGCAAUAAUAAUAAUAAUAAUAAUAGACAGACCAAAUAGUAAUAAUCAAUAUUGACAAUAACAAUGACAUUGAUGCAUCUUCUCUUGCUCUUUAUUCUUUACCUUAAUAUUGUUAAAACGCUCUUGACUAUGAUUCAAUUCUACGAAUUUACAAAAGCAAAGAUAGGAUACUUUAGCACAAUUUUCUUUAUUUAUCAAUAGUAUGAUAGUUACAAUCAUUUAACUACAGAUACCUCUUGAUAAUACGGCGUUCAAUACAUUGCCCCAGCUUUGCACACAGAUAUGUAUAUGUCAAGCUAUAAACUUGCCAAUAUU